AUGACCAAUAAUAAAUUCAUUGUGAUUAUUAUUAGUGCUGCUAUUGGUCUUAUUCCAAUUAUUCUUGGUAUUGUUGCUCUCGUAACACCAGAAUGGAUUGUAGUAAAUUUAGUCGGUGAAAGAGCGAGUACUGUGUAUGGUCUUUUUCAACGAUGUGCUAGUAUCGAGACUGAAACCGGUAGCACUACAAGCUGUGUGGAUAUUAAAUCUGCAUUUCAGACAGUUGAAGGUUUACAAAUAGCUGGCGUGGUUAUCCUAGCCGUAGGCGUUGUCAUUGCUAUUAUCAUCAAACAGUUUUCACCAAAGUACAUUUUGAAUCUAUUCACACCCCUAUUACCAUUGAUUGGCUCUGUUCUUAUUCUCGUUGGUUCUCUUCUGUUUGCUAAAUAUGUUAUCGAACACUAUAGUAACAACUUUAUCGAUGUCACAAUUGGUUACAGUAUGGUUUUAAUGGUUAUCGCCUGUAUUUGUGGCUUUGUCGUAACUGCUCUAUUCGCUUUCGAUACAGGUUACAACUAUGGUAAUAGUCGCAGCACUGUUAAUUUUGGAUAG